CCGCCUAGUGCUCCGGCGCGAGGACCGCUGGGCACUGCGCACCCUCCCAGCCCACUUAGCGCAGGGCCAGCCCUGGGCUCCUCCUCCGCGCCCAGUUUGAAGGCUCAUCCAGGUGUGGAGGGGACUCAGCACCACGGCGAGCCCUUACGCCAAGAAAGACCAUAGGGUCGGCCGGAGGCACAGCCUGACCUCCCGGAGGAAGUGGAGCAGAGGCCAUAAGUAAAAUUCUUGCUGCCCUCAAGACUGGUUGGGGGGGAGGGGCGCACCUGGUAAAGCGCACGCAUUACCAUGCACAAGGCCCCGGGUUCAAUACCCCCAGCCCCCACCUGCAGGGAAUAACUUCUCCAGCGGAAAAGCAGUGCUUCCGGCGUGACUCUCUAUCUCUUCCUUUCCUCUCUGUUGUGCCAAGUGAAGGGGAAAAAAAGACUUAGGGAACUCCUUCUGCUGGCAACCGGGGCCCAGAGAUAAGUGACAAUAAAGAUAUAAAGGUUUUGGAGGGGAAAAAACUUGAAAGAUGGCUACAUAGGACAUUUCACAUGAGUGAAACAUGCAAGAAAGAAGGCCCUUCAAGUGACCAGAUGCAGGAAGUAGUCAUAGCAUUCAUUUGUUGAGGCAGACAGACACUAAGAAGUAAAAUGGGACUAUAUCAUUUGCCUCUAAGCUUGUAUUGCAACAAAGUUUUCUACUAAAACUCAAGAGUACCAGCAGUACUAGAAAGACAUUGCCAAAGUAAUUGAUACAAAUCUUCUACAAGGAAUAGGACUGAUUGCCCCCAUUCUUCUGAACCAAUGAAGAGGAAGUGGGAGGCAAAACUGAAACAAAUUGAAGAGCUAGCAUCCCAUUAUGAAAGGAAACCUUUGUCCUCAGUGUAUAGACCAAGAUUAUCCAAACCAGAAGAGCCACCUUCCAUUUGGAAACUAUUUCAUCGACAAACUGAAGCAUUUAAUUUUGUUAAAAGCUGCAAAGAGGAUGUUCAUGUAUUUGCUUUGGAAUACAAAGUGGGUGAUGGACAGCGUAUUUACCUUGUAACGACCUAUGCUCAACUUUGGUUUUACUAUCAAUUUCGGAAAAAUCUCUUACACUGCUAUGAAGUAAUUCCUGAAAAUGCUGUGUGCAAGCUUUAUUUUGAUUUGGAAUUUAGCAAACUUGUCAAUCCAAGAGCUGAUGGGAAAAAAAUGGUUGCAUUACUCAUUGAGCAUGUUUGUAAAGCACUUCAAGAAUUAUACAGGGUUAAUUGUUCAGCCAAAGAUGUUAUUAACUUGGAUUCUAGCACUGAUGAAAAAUUUAGCCGUCAUCUAAUAUUUCAACUCCAGGAUGUGGCAUUUAAAAAUAACAUUCAUGUAGGUAAUUUCGUGAGAAAAAUUUUGCAGCCCACUUUUCAAUUAAUUGCCAACGAAGGUGGUGAUAGGAUCCCAGAGACAACAAGACUUGGAUCUUCCCAUUUUUCUGAAGCACCAAUUAAACAAGCAAUUUCAUGUAACGAAAUAGCUCCAGAUAAGGGUAUAGGAGAGAGCUGGGUAUUGAAUUCAAAGAAGCUGAAGAGGCUGGGAUCAGCUGAGCAAAGCAGUCCUGAUCUUUCAUUUUUGGUUGUGAAGAAUGACUCAGGAGAAAAGCAUCUUUUUGUAGAUCUAGGAGUAUACACAAGAAAUAGAAAUUUUCGACUAUAUAAAUCAUCUAAGAUAGGAAAGAAUGUGACAUUAGAGAUUGCUGAAGAUAAUAAAUUUUCUCCUAAACAGUCUAAGGAUAUUUCUGAAGAAAACCAGUAUUUCCUCUCUUCUCUGGUCAGCAAUGUCAGAUUCUCAGAUACUUUAAGAAUUCUUACAUGUGACCCAUAUCAGAAGCUCAAAGGAGCAGAGUGUUGUAACACUACCAGUACUGCAGUAGAAACUAUUGAAGGUUUUCAGUGUUCACCCUACCAUGAAAUUGAUCAAUUUGUACUUUCUCUGGUGAAUAAAAAUGGCAUUAAAGGAGGAAUUCGGCGUUGGAACUACUUUUUCCCAGAGCAAUUACUGGUUUAUGAUAUUUGUAAAUAUCGUUGGUGUGAAAACAUUGGAAGAGCCCACAAAAGUAAUAAUAUUAUGAUUCUGGUUGAUCUGAAAAAUGAAGUUUGGUAUCAAAAAUGUCAUGACCCUGUAUGUAAAGCAGAAAACUUCAAAUCCAACUGUUUUCCAUUGCCUGCUGAAGUUUGUCUCCUGUUUCUUCUCAAAGAGGAGUGUGAGUUUACAACAGAUGAAACGAUGAAAAGUGAAACCAAGAAUCCUCAGGAACCAUCAUUACUACAAGGCUUGUCUUCUGAUUUUGACUGGGAUAAUGACAUUGAUGAUGCCUGUUUUUAUGAAGCUACUGAAGAUGCUGAACUAGCUGAAGCUGCAGAGGUCAGUUAUAGUAGUGCAGUAGAUGAAAUACCUGAUGAACUAAUUAUGGAAGUUUUACAAGAGUAGCUAAAUUGGGGGCCAUGCGGUAGCACAGUGGGUUAAGGCGUGAAGUGCAGGCACCGACCCCCAGCGAUAACCCUGGAAGCAAAAAAAAAAAAAAAAGUUAUAUAACUUUUGUUAUAUAACUGGACAGUUAUAUAACAAGGUGGUUAUUUAUUA